AGGCAUCUGGGCGCACUGAACCAACUCCCCCCUUCAGGUCGUAACUCGCCAAAGGAACGUCGCACUUCGGAACUUACCACCGCCGCCUGCAGUUCGUCAUGAGCGACCAAGUGUCGGACGAUCUGCUCUGGUCCCUGGACAAUCUCAUCAGGAAAGAUGCCGGAGCCGACGUGGAAAACGACGCUGACCUCGUACGAGCAAGCAUCUAUACACAGGAUAACUUACUGGGCUGCUCCAUGAUCGGCAGCGACAUGGUCUUCGGGCGCCGUGAGUCUGCACGAUUAGCGGCCGAUUAUGACAGCAUCAUGGGAGGCUACGGGCGACCUACGGGUUUAAUGGGCUACGGCAUUGAAGAAGAUGAGCUGGACGACGACGUGACCAUCGGCCCCAUCGAAGAACGCACCCCCGCAACAUUGAGCGUCACGCAACCCAGCAGCGGCAGCAGCUACGCCAGACAGUCCUCGAGUCAGCGUAGUAUCAGCGAAGACACAGAUCGGUCCCUUUCCUUCGCGUCUGAGGGGGAACUCAGUGUCGACAGCCUCUCAGCGCCUUCACCCCAUCGGAAACGCUCGACUAGACGAUUGAGUGACGGAGAUCAGAGCUCGUACGAGCAACGCAUCGAGGCAUCACUGGCUGGGUACAUCACCAAGUCUUUAAAUGUCGAGUCGCGGAUGGUUGCAGAGAUGCAACCGGACCGACCUUUCACUAUGAGCGAUCUUGCACACUUUAACCCACAGUUCGGACGUGAAGUGUAUUUGGAACGACUAGGACAGAGUCUGCAGGAUCAGGAAGGCGGAGCGAAGUCUCUGGGAUCGUACCGUAGGUCGACCAUGCAGAGGACGUCCACACCAGAAGAUAUUAUUCGACAGGGGUGGCUUUCUAAACGCGGCGAUGUAGUCCCAAGCUAUCGAAAACGCUGGGUUACGCUGCGUCGGAUGCCACAGGGUCCGAUGUUGACAUAUGCCAAGGACGACACUGAAGGAUCGCCAACUAAAACGAUCGAUCUCAGUUCUACAUCGCGGUGCGUGGUUGUCACAAGCAAACACGCAAAGGAGAACGAAUUCAAGGUCCAGACAUCUGCAGAUUCCUCACGUCGGGAAUAUUGUUUGGUAGCGACUUCCAGCUAUGAUAUGACGCAGUGGGUGUGUGCGAUUCAGAAUGCUAUUAACUCGGGGAAUUGCUCGACAUUUGACGGUGCCACCGACUUCCAGCAACUGUGGCGUGAAGCAGGAAUCCAGGGAUUUCUAGUUCGCUAUGGUGUGCGCAAGUGUAGCUCACGGAAUCGACUUCAAACUCGAGUUCUGGAGCUGAACUUUGCGGAACAAACCCUUACUAAUUCGCGACGAGGGGAAACCCUGACGACUUUUCAUUUUACAGAUAUUCGUGCCAUAUCAGCGAGCAACGUACGCACCAGAGGCGAGGAGUAUGGUAUUAGCAUUGAUUUCCACGGACGGCAUCGAUCUUGGCCCAUUUUCCUGGAUACAAUGGAGGCACGAGAUGAUUUGUUCGCGAUUUUGCAGCGCAUCGUUGACAACGUGGUAACUGGUGAGGAUCUGGAAAAGCGUUCCUCUCGCUUGACACUUAAAACCGGUCUUCUCGAGACGAAGAAUGCUGGACCACACGCCACUUUGCGAGGUCGCUUGUUCGUCUGUCUUCACGAAAACUGUAUCGUGUUUUAUCCAGCCGAUGGAGAUACCAGCACGCGGCCGUGGUAUGUGAUCGCGCUUAAGGGUCUUCGGCUGUCGGUCCGAGAAGAGAAACGUCUUCUUUGUAUUGGACGCCUGGCUCUAGCAUGCCCGUCCACUGCAGUGUGCCGCGCCUGGUACGAUGCCAUCUCAGCGGCCAUGUGUAUGCCCUCAGAGAUUAUUGAGAUCGAGCUGAAAGAACGAGCAAAAAUCCGCACGGCUUUUCAGUCCUGUGUCUCUCGACUACGAAAACUGCUUAAGGCUAAAGUGACACCCGAGCCGAAUGGCCCACCGAAGGAUCAAAAGACGGUGAACAUGAUGAUCACUAAACUCUGGGAGCUCGUCUUCCCGGGAGAACCGUUCACGUCAAAUAACGACCCGAAGUGGCUGGAGAUUGGCUUCCAACGAGGAGGUCCAGCGUCUGAUCUUCGAUCAAGUGGGCUGCUAGGUCUGUACUGCCUCAUUUUCUUUGCCAGCUAUCCGUCGAGCGAGUUCCAGCGCAUCCUGAAGCGCACAAGACAUGGCGUGAGUGAAGGCAACAUGAAGAAUUACCCUCUGGCCAUUGCGUGCAUCAACGUGGCAUCACUUUUGACUGAAACACUUGGGUUGGGCGACGCCGGUACACACUCGGAAGGCUGUUCACCGAACGCGAUGAAGACAUACAGUCGUUUGAUUGCGCAGAGUGUUUCGAAGUCAAGGUCUUCAAAACCAGCGAAGUCUUAUGUGUCGUCGCGACCUCUAAGUGCCUACGAGUGCUGGGACGAUGUCAUCAACGAGCCAGAGAAUCACGUGUUCGAGACCAUCUUUUGCCUGCUCUUCCCGAUUAUGGACUCGCUUUUCGUCGAAAUGGGAGCGGGAUACAUGGAGUUUGGACAAGUGACCGUCGCAUUCCGACGCCGUGUGAAUGAGAUUUUCAACUCGCAACCCAAGUCUUUAAAGGAGCUGCAGAAGUUGGCGAGUGAGCCCUGCACUGGCGCGCUUGCAGUGCCGACGGUGCUGACCAAGCAGCACAAAAUAGGCAAGAUAAGUAUGGGCAAGAAAGUAGUGAAGGCGGGCGGCAUGUAGCGCGACGAAAGCAGUCAAACUUUGCCUCCCCCCACAUAGAGAUUUUGAAUUUGUUCGGCUUGCACAGCGAUAGAAAUGCCAUGCAAUUUGCGCGAAGGUCGUUGAAGCCAUUGAGUCUGAAGAUAUUGAUGUCACAUGAGUCCACCACAGAUGCGUGAAUUUCCGUACCUUACAAAUAUUACACUUUUUUUU